UAUCAGUUGAGCAAUAGCAUUAGUUCCGAUCAUUUGUUCUACUAGAACCAUUCCAAUCCUCUAAAAUGGCUUUCAAAUUCCUGGCUCUGUGCGCCCUGGUUGCUGCCGCUAGUGCUGCUGUCCUCCCAUUGGCUGUUCUGAAGCAUGACGAUCAUCACGAUGCUCCAGCUGAGUACCACUUUGCUUACUCCGUGCAUGAUGAUCACACCGGAGACAUCAAGAGCCAACAGGAAGAACGUCACGGAGACGAUGUCAAGGGACAGUACACCCUGAUCGAUGCCGAUGGUUACAAGCGCAUUGUGGACUACACCGCCGAUGAACACAACGGAUUCAACGCUGUCGUCCGACGUGAACCAGUCCAGGGACACAAGAUCGUGAAGACCGUCACUCCUGUUCUGACCAAGGUUGCCGUCCCAGUUGCUCACCACUACGUUGCUCCCGUUGCCAAGGUUGCCAUCCCGGUCGCCAAGGUUGCUGUCCCAACUGCCCACCUUUCCACUGUUAGCUUCUCGGCCCCAAGCCUGAGCUACCACUAUUAAGAUGACUGACUGCGCUGGGACGAUCUCUGUUUUUGUUGAUUGUUUGAAAUAAAAAUGAUAGCUCAAUUUUAAAA